CUCACAACUUAAGAUCAGAUCACAGACACCUCUGCCUCAGAGCACACCUGGACUGAAACGAGUGUAUGACUGGACCAAUUUAGGUUUUUUUACACACGUGUUUUAUGACCAUCAGACGAGGCAAAUGUGGGGGAUGUAAAUAGGGGUGGGCUUUGGCGAGAGGAACAGGAAGAAUAGAGUGGAGAGACAGAAGGUUGCAAUACAGAGAGGGGGAGAGCUUGUAACGCUGGUAUGUGAAACUUUUCACAGCAAGUUUAUUUUUGUCUACAUAAAGAUAUUGACAAGACAAGGGACGGGCGAAAAAAUGCUUUACCCCAUCUGUGGUCACUUCAAGAGAUGAUGUUGUGAGGAGAUAAAGUCCAAACGACAACGUCACGCAUGUUUGUUGUCAAAAAGUCAAUAGAAGUGCACAUUUUAUAGUUCUGUUGAAAGAGGCAAGAACCUGCUGAACUGGUUUAUCACAUUUCUUAGCAAGGGCCAAACAAAGGACCUCAAAAACAGCCUUCAGAGUUUGACAGCGGCGAUGAUGGAUUACACAGAGACUAAAGUUGAAUUUUCUGAGGAGCUGCUGGAACCUCUUAUCAUCACCGAAGACGGAGACACAACCACAGGAGAGGCGACAAGCUUCUUAGAUGCCAUCUUGCGAAGCUGUGGCGAAGCUUCUGCUCUCGAAAAGAAAGAGGAACACUCGGGGGAGGACAAGAAUAAUGAAGCUGCUGCGAGUAGUGAAAUACCUUCAGAGGAGCUUAAGUUGGAAAAGCAACAGAGCAACACAGAGGAGGAGAAUUCACAUGAGCACAAAGCAGAGGUUGAUAAACAGGAGGAUGAUGAGAGCAGAGAUGAUAGACUAAACUUAGAUAAAAAUGAAAGUGAAGAGCAGACACAAGCUGGAAAGACAGAAAUGGAAAAGGUUGAAAUAAAGAGGUUAAAUAUCUCUGAGCAGCAACCUGAAGGGGACAAAUACCAAGAUCGAGAUGCAAAAAAGGCUCACCGGUUAACCCCCGACUUCCCGGACUCGCUGUUUGAGCUGCUCUGCACCCUGCAGGAGGGUAGGCGACUCAAUGAUCAGCGAUGCUCCUUCAGGCUGGAGGGCAGGAUAAGGAGGAGGUGCCACUCAGAGCCCAACACCCGGAAACCGGUCAACAGAGUUGUCUUUUCCUCCAUGACUUCACUGCAGAAAGAAGAGUUCUUUGACCUGGUGGCCACUGCACAAGCUCGCCGGCUGGAUGAUCAGAGGGCACAGUUGGGAAGUUCUCUGCCACCAAAGCCCAAAUUUAGGAGUUUUAGAGGCAGCUUCAAGCAGCUGUCUUUAGUGAAAAAACCUGAGCCGGUUCCUGUCCCUAAACAGGAUCUGUAUGAUAUGAUUCUGACAACACAAGCUCAGGGCCGGCUGGAGGACCAGCGUAGCAGGGCUCCUGGUCCUAUGGAUGAUGAAGACUUCUUCUCCCUCCUUCUGAGAGUGCAGGGCGGGCGAAUGGAUGAGCAGAGGACUGAACUGCCACGCUUGCUGAAAACCUGAGACAAAUAAUAGAAAAUUUGUGGCCAGCUGUGAGAGCCCAUAAGUGUCUUAGCCUUUUUUUUUUGCUUUGAUUUCCUGUAUAAGCAGGGCUUUCUGAACUGCAACUCUUUCUGGAUGUUAGUCUCUGUUAAAAUUGUCAGGAUUGUAGCAAAAACGCUAAUGUUUGAAAAAGAAAAGGCUUUUAAUGGAAAUUAAGGGUUGUCUCCGAUUAAGAAAAAUGCAGCGAUACAUAAAACCGGCCUGUAUUUAGAGGGAUGUUGAGGAAUUCUUUCCAAAACCUACAGGUUACUUCUUGAGAUCAAGAGGUUUCUUUCUUAAUAUACUGAACUAUGUUUGCAGAUAUUGCUUUCUAAAACUUAGAGGUUAUUUUUGGAACUUACAGAUUACAUUCCAUGAUUUAUAGGUUACUUUCUCAGGAUUACAGAUUACUUUUUUGCACCAUUUUUGUACAUUUACUUUCCAUGAGGUUCUGGGAAGAUGUCCUUUAAUUUUGUGACGUGACAUCUAAGAUCUGGAAAGUAACCUCUAAAUUCCAAAAUGUACCCCCUAAGUUCAACAAUGUACCAGUACAAGACGUAUCAUGCACCAUAGUCCAUGAAAGUGCUCUUUAUGUUCUGGAAUGCAACAUUAAUUUUGGAAAGUAACCUGUGGGUUCCAUAAAAGUAACCUCUAAGUUGAGAAAAGCAUUAGGUUACAUAUCUCCCAAUAAAAAACCCAGUUCAAGACAGCACCUUUUAAGUUAGAACAUCACUUGGAAAUUCCAGUAAGUAACUUGUAGAUUCUGGAGAAACUAACCGUUGCUGAAAGUAAGUUGUGGCCAUUAGCCUUAAAGUCCUGAAAAGUGGCAGGUUACAAGUCACCUCAUAAUACCGUCUGUUUUUUGAAAGAACACAGUUCGUUCCAAAACAUAGAUACCAAAUUCAUGAACUUAAUCUGUGAGUUCCAUGAAAGUUAUCUUUAAGCUCCAGUGCAAAUAUCAUGAAAGUUUUUCCAUCAUCAGAAUCAGAAUCAGCUUUAUUAUUUUACUGAGUUUGUGUAGACAAACAAGGAAUUUGAUCCGGGUACACUUCUACAGCCAGGUGCUCAAAAAGUACCCUUUAAAUUCUGGAAUGACACCUGUGGGUUUGGGGUAAAGGAACCUGUAAAUUCUGAAACAAAAUCUCCUAUAACCUCUAAAUUUCAGGAUGCACCCUUUAAGUUGGAGAACGUAUCAAGUCCCAAAGUUCCUCAUAGUAUUUGUCCCCAAAAACAACCCUUAGGAUAGUGACCUGUGAGUUCCAGAGAGUAAUAUCUAACUUAGUAAAAGUAACCUUUAAAUUCUAAUAAUAAAUCUCUACAUUUCAAGAAGUAAUGCCUAAGAUCAAGAAAGUUACAUAUGAGUUCCCUAAAAAUAAUCUGUAAAUUAAAGAAUUUGAAAAAAUAUCCUUUAAGGGAAGGGUUGUCCUAUGCCUUGCUACUGAAAAUGUUUACCUUUCUAUAAUUUUUUUUCCCCUUUUCUGGCAAAUGCGAUUAGUAGAUGAGCUUCUUAGAAGUUGAGAACUUCUUUUUAUCUCUAUUGUUGGUUUUUGUACAGAGAUCAAACACAGUAAAACUGAUGAGGAGAUCCAAAAACCAUGCAGUGCUUAAGUGAAAUAUGAAGGUUCUCUUCCAGAAUAAAACAAAUGUGCAUUUGA